AUGAUAUUGCAGUGUGGCGGUGGCAUAUCACAUCAACUUCGCCGAUGUCUCGAUGUUAGAUGUGUUGGACCGUCGCAUCGGGAGCGGGUUUGUGCCACUGAGCCAUGUGAAAAAGGUGCGAUCUAUCCUCGUGAAACACAAUGCUCUAAACUAGACGGCUAUGUACUAAUCAACGGCGAACGAAGGGCCGAAAGGUGGUUUCCAGUUCGUGGAAAUCAACAGUGUUUGGUGACGUGUAGCUCAUUGGAAACUGGUAGGGAGCGUGUACUGAGAAAACUGAACGAUGGUACUUCGUGCAUAAAAGAAGGCUACAACAUAUCUGUAUGUUUGAAUGGAACAUGCCAACAUGUUGGGUGUGAUGGUAUCAUUGGAUCAAGCGCACGUUUCGAUCACUGUGGUAUUUGCGGAGGUGACGGCAUAAUUUACGUACCGAGCACAGAGCAAGAGAAGUUUGUCAUGAUUUCAAAACAUUCAGGUUUCCGAGUGUCUGUAUCAGUAUGCCAGAACGUCAGGACAGGCCGAGUGGUACCAGAGCGUUUGUGUGCCGAUCAACCCCGUCCUAGACCCAUGGUCGAGCGGUGUGCACAUAUCAUUUGCCCUUCGCAGUAA